ACAUUGAAAGAAGGGAGGGUGUAGUCUGGUUAUCUACAUAUGAAGACGUGGUGGUAGAGAGAGAGAGAUAGAGAGGAAGAAUGUGUAAAUGGGAAGUGUGAGAUUUUUUGGUGGAGGGUGUAUAUAUAUAAUAUGUAUAUAACGAUGGUGUGUAAUAUCUGUGAAUGUCAUCAACAUGUGUGGUAAGAGAGACAGAACUGAUUGUGUUGUAUAUUGCUAACUUGCAAAAUAUUGGAAACUGGAGGGAAGCGAAUCUCCAAGUUCACUGAUGUGACAGGAAAACAUCACAGAAUUAUUAUUAUUUACAGAGACACAGCCAGAGAAAGGCAGAAGAAACUAUUUCUCACUUACAAGUUGCUGUAUCUCCAAGACUGUGGAAUUCUUCCUGAUUAUUUUACCUUGCUGCCAUCAUCAUGGUUGUGUUAUAUGCUGUAUUUCUGGUUCUGGCCUGUUUGGCCAGUCUUUUACAAAUAAUGGUCUACCGUCUCAAGAAGGAUGUUUUAUUGGGCAACAAUCCACAAUUUUUGAAGUUCCAACGAGGUUACUUCUCUGCAUAUCUUCCAGCAAUGUUUGCAGACUGGCUUCAAGGUCCUUAUCUCUAUAAACUUUACAACUAUUAUGGAUUCCAAGAGGAACAAAUUGCUGUCCUUUAUGUCUUUGGUUUUGCAUCGACUGUACUUCUUGGAACUUGGAUUCCCCUCGCUGCUGAUCAAUUCGGUCGCAAAAAAAUGUGCAUUCUCUUUACAGUUCUUUAUUCCAUAUCAUGUUUGCUGAAAUUAUCUCGAAACUAUGCUGUGUUGUUGCUGGGCCGCUUGGUUGGUGGUGUUGCAACAUCAGUUUUGUUCUCUGCAUUUGAAGCAUGGUACAUCCACGAACACACGGAAACCCAUGACUUCCCCAAGGAGUGGAUUGCUGUUACUUUCACAAAAGCAUCGUUUUGGAAUGGAGUUUUAGCUAUUUUAGCUGGUUUAACUGCAAAUAUUUUCUCUGAAUGGUUCGGCCUUGGACCAGUAGCUCCUUAUAUAUUGGCCAUUCCAUUUCUUAUUUUUGCUGGAGUCAUGAUGUCCACUCAUUGGAAUGAAAACUAUAGUGGUCAUAAAGUUAAUUUCCAGAAACUUUGUUUUGAGGGUCUGAAGAAAACUUUGACUCAUGAGAAAGUUUUCCUCAUUGGUGCCAUUGAAUCAUCUUACGAAAGUGUUAUCUACAUUAUCAUCUUUCUUUGGACUCCAAUUUUGGACAGAGAGAAAUUCUCUCUUGGUAUUGUCUUCUCCAGCUUUAUGAUAAGCAUUCUGAUCGGGUCAGGCCUCUACCAGAUUGCCUCCUCAAAGAAUGUCCCAGUCACUAACUUACUUCUUAGUUCCGUCAUUAUAGCAUUAUUUGCCAACAUUUUGUGUGUGAUAUCGACCAACCCCACCCAUCCCAACACUGCUUUAUCUUUCACGUCCUUUCUCAUAUUUGAAGUAGGGGUGGGGUUAUAUUUCCCUGCCAUGGGUUUUCUCCGCAAUAACAUCAUCCCAGAAACCCACAGAACUAAUAUCAUGAACUGGUUCCGUAUUCCUCUCAAUCUAAUUUCUUGUAUUGUUUUACUCUUGUUGCAUGAAGACGUCUUCCAGCAUGGCAACAGAAUGAUCUUUGUGGUAUGCGUUGGUCUUCAGGCUCUGGCGCUGGUGUGUAGCGUACGUUUUGUGAAAAUUGCUAAAGAAGAUGACAUGCGGCAAGAGACAUUAUUCAUAGCAGAGACUGAACACAUCCAUAAUAUAUUUUAAGCAUUACAGCCAUCCUGCUUUGUAUCUUAAUUAUUUUUACUCGUUAUUUCUUAUGGCUUUAGCCGACUCCACUCAUUAAAUGUCAACUUUACAGGAAGCGCCUCUUCUUUCAAAAACAUUUACUAAGCGUCGUCAUCAUCAUCAUCAUCUUCCAGAACUCUCAACAAUAGUUUAGUAAUAUCUGUAAUAUUUAUAUAACGGACAGCUGAAAAUAUUUUCUCAUAAACAACAUUGUUGUAAUCACACAAAGGAGUGUAUAUAAGUUAUAUAUUUAUUUAUUUAUCCAUUUUUUUUUUUCGUUUUAUUUUCUAUCAUUGCCUUCUUUCAAGUCACUGUUAUAUUUUCUCAGAAAUUGCAAUAUUUAUUUUUCCAUCAAAUAAAAAGUAACAAAACAA